ACUUGCUCCUGCUCUGUCGCUCUCUCCUGAGUCUUUUGCUGUCGCCUCAGUCUUUUCCUCCAGGCCCCUCUUCGCAGAGAGAAGAGGGCGAGUGGAGAAAGGCGAACCAAGUCUAGUUCUGCAAACACCCUUUUCUGGAGUACGCCAGGCAGUGUUGCUGACUUCACAUUACACUGGGAUUAAUGGCGUUGUCCUGCCUUCUGGGCUCUUACAGCGUGAGAAAGAUGAAAGGAUUGACAAAUUCUGGAGAACAGAUUUCCUCCCUUCUUUUCCUCUAACAUCACGUAGCCUCCUCAUUGUUGCAAGGCAUCAUUGUUUGGACUUGAUCGGCUCCUUCUAAGCGAGAGACCAGACCUAGUUCUCUGAGGAAAUGGAUACUUCUGCCAAACAAUGUCCAGUCAAAAAACGAGUGAAAAUCCAUCCCAACACAGUGACAGUGAAAUAUACAUCACAUUAUCCCCAACCUGGAGAAGAGGGCUCUGAUGAAACCAGUGAAGAUAUCGGAAGCUUUAUGGAGGACAAUCCAAAGAAAAGGUUGCUGAGUGACAGAAAAAGGAAAGGAAGAGCCUUCUUUGGGACUAUGGAUAUCCAACCUCAGCCAGCCCAAGAGACGAAAGCCAAUGAGACUGGACAACACCAGAAUUUUACAGAAGGAAGCAUAUUUCAGUCCAGAAAGACUUGGGUAGUGCUGUUUGCCUCUGCCUUGGCUCAUGGGUGUGUGGCUCUGAUAACUAGACUUGUUUCUGAUCGUUCCAAAGUGCCAUCUCUAGAACUAAUUUUCAUUCGUUCAGUCAUACAGGUGUUGUCUGUCAUUGUUGUGUGUUAUUACCACGAGGACCCCUUUGGACCAAAAGGAUACAGACUGCAGCUCUUCUUCUAUGGUGUCUGCAAUGUUAUCUCCAUUACCUGUGCUUACACCUCCUUCUCUAUAGUACCCCCAAGCAAUGGGACCAUUAUGUGGAGAGCAACCACCACGGUCUUUAGUGCCAUUUUGGCUUUUUUACUAAUAGAUGAACAAAUGGCUUAUAUAGACAUAAUGACAGUAGUUAGUAGUGUCUUUGGUGUUUGCCUGGUCAUGUUCCCCAACAUUGUUAAUGAAGACAAUUCUUUGCUCAGUGUCUGGAAAGAAGCCUUUGGCUACACAAUGACAGUUAUGGCAGGCUUAACUACAGCUCUUUCCAUGAUAGUCUACAAGUCAAUCAAAGAUAGGGUCAGUAUGUGGACUGCACUGUUUACUUUUGGUUGGACUGGAACUGCGUGGGGAGCCUCCACCAUGUUUUUUCUUCAAGAGCCAAUUAUCCCACUGGAUGGAGAAACCUGGAGCUAUCUCAUUGCCAUCUGCAUAUGUUCUACUGUGGCUUUCCUGGGUGUCUAUUAUGCCUUGAAUAAAUUUCACCCAGCUCUGGUCAGCACAGUGCAACAUUUAGAGAUUGUGAUAGCCAUGAUUCUGCAGCUUGCAGUGCUACGCAUCUUUCCCAGCAUUUAUGACCUCAUUGGAGGGGCCAUUAUUAUGAUUAGUGUUGUUUUCCUGGCAUGUUAUAAGCUGUCCUGGAAGAAUUUAGGAAGGCAAGAUUAUCAGGAGAUACUGGAUUCUUCCAUUAAAUGAAUGUCAGUUUGUUGUAGUCUUUACUGUAAUAGUUUCUGCACCACAAUGUCGAUAUUAAUGUUCAUUUACCAAUGUCCUUUGUCUAGUAGAGUGGACAGAGUACUAACUUUGUUGUUCAGAAAUGUGCCAGAUUCAUACCUGCCAUAACAAUGUUUAAAUCAGUAGAGUUGUACUAGAGACGAAUUUGUCCCAAUGUGUUAAAUAAUUUAAAAUGUUUCAAUAUGUGAACUUUAGAUUUACUCUCAGCUGGUAUGCAGUAGCUGCUAAGAUUAGAUAUAGAGAAUUCUGUCAUAGGAGUCUUUCUAUCAUAGUCCUCCUUCUAUAACAUAAUAUUGAGACAGAAGGAUUCACUAUUGUUAGUCAUUCUGGACAGUGCAGCUGUAGAAUAUUUUAUGGCAACAAGAAAGUCAUAUGUUGACAUUCACCAUUGAAGGAGGAAAUUCAUGUUCCAUAGUAACAGUAUACUUACUUGGUUGAAGCAUGUAAUAUUUUAUAAGUAAGAAUUUUAACAUGUAUAUGGUUAUAAUUCUUUAAAUAUCUGCUGGGAGAAGAGUAAAUAAAUAAAUGAUGUUCUCUGUGCUCUAAUAGUAAAGGUGCUGUCAGAAUCUCCAUAAUAAUCCUUGACUUGGUCCUAAAACUCCCUGUUAGCUGAAAGCUGGAACACAUGAAACUAGAAAAAGAUAUUCAUGGGCAAAAAUGAAAAGGAAGAUGUGAGGCUAUUUUGGAAUUGUCAGAGUGAAAUGCACUUAAAAGCUAGUUUCAGAUGUUUUUAACUCAGAAAUGUUUCUAGCCACGGCUAUUAUUGCCUCACUUUCAUAAGUGGCAAAUCCACCUAGCUAUUCACCCCUCUAUUGACUCAUGCCUCCUUGAAUCUUUGGUUUCUUCCCUUGUGUGUGCCCACUGUAGCCCCAGGAAAUGUGCCUCCCUCAGAGAGGACACCUCUGCCCAUGCUUCUUACCCAAGUUUGGAGCAAAAGCUCUACUCCUAGACACAGAUUUGCCUUCUGUGUCUCUUGAGGUUGAAGAAAUUCACUCAUGUUUGGGUUGAACGGCAUGAAACACCCCCCUUCCCUGACAAUAGUUUCUGGGGAAAAAAGAUUUGUUUAAAAUAGACAAAGAGAGAGACAGAGAAUCAGAUUAAAUUAAAAGCAGCAGUUUCCAUCACAUGCCUUAUCUGGGUAAUUUCCCAAACCCAGAGAGGCAGGCUCUGUUUGCUUAGUUACAGAAUAAGAAGGAAGCUCUCACAUGUAUAAAGAGCAAGCCCAGUCUCUGACUUCCCUGGCCAAAGUGACACCACCUUGGUGCUGUGUCCAGAGAGUUAUUUCCUAUCCCCCCCCACCUCGCAUACACUCAUUAUGUUCCCUCCCCAUUCAAUCCAAGGCAGCUCUCCUUAUUUUCCAAACCAAUUAUCUCAAGAUACAUCCACAUGCAGUAAAGCUUGGUGAACAAAUGCAUGAUCCAUCCUGCCAGAGAUGGCCAGCAGAGGAGCUAUAUUUAAGCAAUGAGUAAUGCAGCCUCUCUCAUGCCAAAUUCAGGUACAGCCUUCCACAGAUGACUGGGUGCGGGUGUAUCCAGUCUAUCCAGACCUCUGUUUAAAACCUUUUAUCUCAGUUUUUCAUUGCCAUGAAAUAUAAAUUAUUGGCAGACCCUUUGUCACACACUUGUUAAGGCAAAAGUUGGUAUGGCUUUUUUAAUGUGUGGUCUUGAAAUAAAUAUUUAGGUGCCAAAAUGUUACCCAAGUAUGAAAAUU